AUGCACAAGGUUUCUGAGCCCAAAGCCUCAACAGAUAAACAAAAAGACUUCCAAAUUAAGAUAGUCAUCAUACCACAAACUACCAUCUCAUCUGACUGUAAAAUCAUUUUGGUUACUUAUUUGAAUCUUGAAGCUAAAAUCAUGUAUAGAUGUGUGGUUGACAUUCAUAGUCUCUCAACUAGGCAUCAAUUUCACAUACUUGAACUUGAAGUAACUAAGAUGGGAGGUGGAAAGGACAAACAACAUGAGUCUACUGACAAAGGGUUAUUUUCAUUUGAUGGUGGAUUUGGUGCUGGACACUAUCCUGGAUCAUACCCUCCGCAAGGAUAUGGAUAUCCCCCACAAGCACAUCAUGGAUAUCCUUCCUCCGGUGGGUAUCCUCCACCUGGAUAUCCUUCCAAUGGGGGAUAUCCACCAGUCGCCUAUCCAAGUGGAUAUCCCCCAGCCGGUUAUCCAGGUCACUCAGGUCCAUAUCAUUCAGGGUAUGGAUCUAGCAUGGGACUGGGAGGGAUGUUAGCGGGGGGUGUUGCUGCUUACGGGGCUAACCAUCUUGCGCAUGGGGGCCAUAGCCAUGGAUAUGGUUACGGCGGGGGUUACCAGGGCUAUGGUGGUUCUCAUGGGAAGUUCAAACAUGGCAAAUUUAAGGGAAAGGGGAAGUAUGGCAAGCCCUUUGGGGGCAAGUUCAAGAAAUGGAAGUGA